AUGCAGCUCAAAGCCGUCUUUGUUCAGACCCUCCUGAUUGGCGCUGGUCUCUGCCAGGUGCAAAUCGUCCAGAAAGCUCUCCAGGACAUCACUCAGGGUCUAACACAACUCGACAAUUCCAUCAAGGCUCUUAGUGAUGCCCAGUCUGGCGCCACAGUUCUCCAGCAGGCAUCAGCACUGCUCGAUACCAUGAAGUCCGCGGCAACCUCCGUCAAGAGCUCCCAAGAGCUUACACUCCAGGAUGCCCUGGGUCUGCAGCAAGCGGCACAGCAGCUGCCGGCUCAGGCCAAGACCACCAUUGACGACCUCGUCUCCAAGAAGUCGGUGCUCGACCAGCUUGGCGCCACCCAGCAGGCCAUCCAGUCACUCAAGGACCAAAAGGUAGCCUCGGACGAGUUCGGCAAGAUCGUCGUCACCAAGAUCCCCGCCAUCGGCCAGCAGAUCGCCCAGCAGCAGCUCGACCAGAUCAGCCAGACCUUUGACCAGGGCAUCACCGGCCUCGGCGGCACCCCCGGCAAGCGUGCCGUUGCCCUCGUUGUCUGA